AUGUUCUCCCGACUAAGAGUAGCCACCACUCCCUGUGCGGUGGCAUGUCGCAGCGCACAUACGAAAGAAAAAGGCAAGCCACUGAUGUUAAACCCACGAACAAACAAGGGUAUGGCCUUUACAUUACAUGAACGACAGAUGCUUGGGUUGCAAGGACUUCUACCGCCUAAAAUAGAGACACAAGACAUUCAAGCGUUACGCUUCCAUAAGAAUUUGGCAAAAAUGACUGACCCCUUGGAAAAGUAUAUCUACAUAAUGGGAAUCCAAGAGAGAAAUGAAAAAUUAUUCUAUAGGGUAUUACAAGAUGAUAUUGAGCGGUUAAUGCCAAUUGUAUACACACCAACAGUAGGCCUUGCCUGCUCCCAGUAUGGUCACAUCUUCAGGAGACCAAAAGGAUUAUUUAUUUCUAUCUCAGACAGAGGCCAUAUAAGGUCAAUUGUGAACAACUGGCCAGAGAACGACGUUAAGGCUGUUGUCGUCACUGAUGGAGAAAGAAUACUGGGUCUUGGAGACCUAGGUGUGUAUGGGAUGGGAAUUCCAGUAGGAAAACUGUGUUUGUAUACAGCUUGUGCAGGAAUACAUCCAGAUAAAUGCUUGCCUGUGUGCAUCGACGUUGGAACUGAUAAUACAACACUCCUAAAAGAUCCAUUUUAUAUGGGCCUGUACCAAAAAAGGGAUCGCUCGCAGGUCUAUGAUGACUUAAUUGAUGAAUUUAUGGAAGCCAUUACAGACAGGUAUGGCCAGAACACCCUUAUCCAAUUUGAAGACUUUGGAAACCACAAUGCUUUUCGGUUUCUAAGAAAAUACAGAGAGAAAUACUGUACCUUCAAUGACGACAUUCAAGGGACAGCUUCAGUGGCCUUGGCAGGACUGCUGGCAGCACAGAAAGCCACCGGUAAACCACUUGCAGAGCAGAAAGUGCUGUUCCUUGGAGCAGGAGAGGCCGCCUUGGGAAUUGCAAACCUCAUUGUUAUGGCUAUGAUGGAAACCGGUGUUUCUGCUGAGGAAGCCUACAGGAGAAUAUGGAUGUUUGACAAAUAUGGUUUACUGGUUCAGGGCCGAGAGCAAAAGGUAGAUUCCUAUCAAGAACCAUUUACGCAUCAGGCUCCAGAGCAGAUACCAAAGACAUUUGUAGAGGCAGUGAACAUACUUCGGCCUUCAGCUAUCAUUGGAGUUGCAGGAGCUGGGCGGCUCUUCUCUCAGGAUGUGAUCAAAGCCAUGGCCUCUAUCAAUGAGCGACCCAUAAUAUUUGCACUAAGUAACCCUACAGUGAAAGCUGAAUGCACAGCAGAGGAAGCAUAUACGUUAACAGAGGGCCGUUGCUUGUUUGCCAGCGGCAGUCCCUUCGAGCUGGUGACUCUGAAAGAUGGCAGAACCUUCAAACCAGGCCAAGGAAACAAUGCUUAUAUUUUUCCAGGCGUGGCUCUCGCUGUGAUCCUCAGCAGUGUUCGGCAUAUUAGUGAUAAGGUUUUCCUAGAGGCUGCUAAGGCACUGACGGAACAGUUGACCGAUGAAGAACUUGCACAAGGACGACUUUAUCCUCCACUGUCUAAUAUCAGGGAAGUUUCUAUUUAUAUUGCUGUCAAGGUUAUGGAAUUUUUGUACGCAAACAACAUGGCUUUCCAUUACCCGGAACCUGCAGACAAGAACCGCUACAUUCGAUCAAAGGUUUGGACCUACGAAUACGAAUCUUUCAUGCCAGAUGUGUAUGACUGGCCUGAAUCUAAGGUUCACUGA